UGGCUCAUUGGCUCAGAAAGCCCCACCCCACUCAGAAGCGAGAAACAAAAGCUGCCUCCGGGAGGCCCUCGGGCAGACGGACAAGCCAGGGACAGGAGAGCAGCCACUGGACUCGAGAAGGAAUAAAAUAAUCCCUGAUUCCCCAAUCUGAAGACAAAGGCUCAAGACCAGCUCUGCUACAUCCAGCUGUGGGACCGGGGCAGGUGCCUCUGGGCUCACCUCCCAGUGACAUCAGGGUGAUGGCCAUGCCUCCCCCUCCAAGUCCUUGUGAGUGAGGACACCAUGACCCCGUGGUUGUGAACCGGUAUUGUCCCCCGCAUCGUACUCCAGGGUGCCCAUUUCCAGGUCUUCCCAGGCUCCCAAGGCCUGAGUGGGUGGCACCCAGGUGUAGACCCCCCGGUGUGAGGCGCGGAGGAAGCCAUCAGCAUGAACUGGACCUUCCUGCAAAGCCUCCUGAGCGGCGUGAACAAGUACUCGACGGCGCUGGGCCGCAUCUGGCUGUCGGUGGUCUUCAUCUUCCGCGUGCUGGUGUACGUGGUGGCGGCCGAGGAGGUGUGGGACGACGAGCAGAAGGACUUCAUCUGCAACACCAAGCAGCCCGGCUGCCCCAACGUCUGCUACGACGAGUUCUUCCCCGUGUCCCACGUGCGCCUCUGGGCCCUGCAGCUCAUCCUGGUCACCUGCCCCUCGCUGCUCGUCGUCAUGCACGUGGCCUACCGCGAGGAGCGGGAGCGGAGGCACCGCCUGAGACACGGGCCCGGGGCGGCGCCGCUGUACAGCAACCUGAGCAAGAAGCGCGGCGGGCUGUGGUGGACCUACCUGCUGAGCCUCAUCUUCAAGGCCGCCGUGGACGCGGGCUUCCUGUACAUCUUCCACCGCCUCUACCAGGAUUAUGACAUGCCGCGCGUGGUGGCCUGCUCGGUGGAUCCCUGCCCCCACACCGUGGACUGCUACAUCUCCCGGCCCACGGAGAAGAAGGUCUUCACCUACUUCAUGGUGGCCACCGCGGCCAUCUGCAUCCUGCUCAACCUCAGUGAGGUCACCUACCUGGUGAGCAAGAGGUGCAUGGAGAUCCUCGGCCCCCGGCGGCAGAAGUCUCGGCGCCGAAGUCGUCUACCCGACACGUGCCCACCAUAUGUGGUCUCCCAGGGAGGGCACCCCCAAGAUGGGAACUCUGUCCUAAUAAAGGCAGGGUUCACCCCAAUCGAUGCAGGUGGGUAUCCAUAACCUGCAAAAUCAGCAGACAGGAUCCCCAGAUCCCCUGGCUGUCCCCUAAGGAAAAUGGACCAGGGCAGUGACAUCUUCUGUAGAGCAGGUAGGUGGCGGUGGGGGCUCAGGAAGCUCACCCAGGAGCCAGGAUGCAGUGGAGGGGUACGGUUUUGGUGCCGGGGUCCCCAGUGGGGAUUUUGUAUAAGACAACAGGUUAUGUCAAACCUAUUAAUAAACAUGAUUUUCCAAGUA